CGCACAAAGCGUCGUAAGAGCCAUGGCAUCCACCACGAUUGCGUUUGAUUUGUUUUCCGGAAUAUCUAUUUAGGGCCUGCUGAGUUGUAGUGUAGCAGCUUGACUUAGCAGACUAAGUGAACACGGAAACAGCUGGUGUAGUAUGAUGAAGAAAUACAAGCAAAGCUCGAAGUGACAAUUUUUUCAUCAACAUCUUCCCGCCGGUAUUUCGUACCUUGACUACUUUUACUACCAGGAGACCAAGACGUAUCGCCGCAUGACACCAUCGAGUCGUCCCUGCGAACAUUGACUGGAUUUAACGGAAGGCAUUCAGCACGCAGCACUGUUUCAGUCGGAAAAACGUUUUCGAGGCCAUUGUGACUCAUCUUAGGCUUCUACUACCUGUGGAAUGGAGACGAAGAACGCUUCUGCCACCACGAACAAGAUGACGAAAAUUGAGGACUCAUCGUUGAAUGAGGCAGGACCAGCUGCGGGGAGGCAAGAAGAACGGAUACCGGGAAUAACCCCUGCUACAACGCCGCAUUUGGCAGCAGGAGAACUACAGAAUCCGCAGAAUCAGAAACAAAAUCUCCAAACAAGUCCGAUGCUAUUUUACAGUGAUGCUGGACUUGCGAAGACAGCUGUAGUUGACUGCGUGCAAGCAGACGAUUUUCUUGCGCAGCCCACGCAGUCCGGGUCACGACCAGCGUCAUCUUUAAUCCAGGUCGCAUCUGGCAACCAACAGGAGGUUGUGCAGCCCGCAGCCGCGGCUCGGAAUGACAAGCAGGGCGUCGCGUGCCUACCUUCUGCAACGGUCUGCUCCACUUCCCUGUCGACUUCCAAACCGCCCACCACGGUGGACGAGAAACAUGGCCGACAGGAACGCGAACUAGCGAUCCGCGAGGGCGAGGGUCGUGAAUCUGUGAAGGAGUUCGUACAGCGGGGAGAGGAACAGUUGAUCAGCGGGCAGUUGGAUGCAGAGCAACUCCGGGAGGAGAGACUUUUGAAACACCAGCGAGAAACUGAAUCAAAAUCUUCCACCACAUCUUCUUCUCGCCAAAAGCGUGAUUUGCCAGAAGACGAAAAGAUUCCUUUUGACGAAUUUGAGGAUCCCGUGCUUCCGCUGGACGAUGAUGAAAGCGGCGAACAAACGAUGAUUCCGGACGACUUCUGCUCGAUGACGCAGUUUGACGCUUGGUUGGAGCAGUUCGCCACCCACGGCGUCGAGGACCAAAUGCACGCCGUGCGCCAGCUGGAGCAGGCAUCGGUGCGCGAGCGGUGGAAGCGCAUCCUGGACCGGUACAAGGAGUGGACGAAAGAUUGCAAAGAGCACGGCAUGUACCAACCGUGCACGCUCUUGUUUAGGAGCAGCACGACGAACAGUUCUGGCACGACAACGUCGAACUCCACCUCCACGUCGACCGGCGGGCUGCAAGAUGACACGGAAAAGUUCGCUCGCUUGACGGCGCUCGCGGUACGGGAAGACGAGCGGGGGAUGGGCACGAAGUACAUGCGCGUGUUGAGCGGUCUGGUGCCGCAUUUGGUGCUGCGAAAGCCGCGGAGCAGGAGCAGUAGUACCUCCGAGGUGGACACAACACAAAGUAGUACAACAUUUUCCUCUGCAACUCCAACUUCGCUCGCCCCGCACGACGUGCUGCCGCGUAUCAGGUUUUGGGAUGAGAAGGAAGAGCCGAACGCGAAAAAACGCGUUCGUCCACAGGGAGCAGUGGAAAGCAAAACUCCGGGGAACAACAGCCCCCGUUACCUGGUCCUGCCUUGGCGGUAUUACGACGAAAUGGAGGGCGUGUCGCAGAACCUGGUGUGGAGACGAAGCAAAAACGCAGCGGAGAUCCUCAUCGAGUGCUGGCCCAAUGUCUUCUACGCCGAGUUGAUCGAGCUGUUGGUUGGCGAGUUGCAGAGCAUCACAAUUUAUCCUCUGCAAAAGUAUCGUACUCGUAGUAAAAAUUGCAUUUAUGCAUUACAAAUGUCCUAGGCCUUCUCAAGGUAAAUCAGCAUUACAAAUUCAAUUUGUAAUGCUGGGCUAAUUUGUGAUGCAAUUUAUACGAGUACGAUGCUUUUGCAUUGCAUACAAUUGCGGACCUCCAAUACGGCGGAGUAUUGACGGUCUCGGGUUUGAUGGGGGUGUUGCAGUUUAUCCUCCGUGGCACCGCAGAAGAAGGGUUUUGUUACCUCGAGUUCUACCGGAAGGCCUACGGGGCAGCGAUUCUGCAGAGCAUCACAUUGGAGUUGCUGGGGAAAACCGGGGUGCUCGACGUCGUUCUCGUCCUGUUGUUCGGGCGCAUCAGAAGUCUGGUAAUGGUGAACGGCGGAAAGAUAACUCGCGAACCAAAACGGCUGCGACCGACGUUCGUGCGGGUGCACGAGGAGAUUGCAAAGUAUACCAGCCACGAGUUCGACUACGAUUCCAGGGGAGAGGAGUUCGCAGCCUUUGUGAAAGACCACUUUUACACCUGGCUGAAGCCGCUCUUGCGAGUUGCUGGAAGUGAAACGACAAGGACGAGGACGAGUAGCACUACGGCAGAAGGGGCAGAUCGUACUGCUAGCACUUCAUCCAUCUUCGAAGAAACUACCACUACCUCCUGGUCCCACGAGCCAGUUUUGCGGCUGGUCGAGCGGGUUUUGGAAUCAGCGAAUAACCUGUACUACUUCUGCAGUGAGAUGACAGCAAAAAAGAGGGCCGUGCAGAUCCUGGCGGAUUUUGAUCAGCACACGAACGUAUUGGAGUUUCUUCUCAACUGUUUGACAAGCGCCUGCAAUGUUGUAGGUGCGGAGCAAGAUCAGGAAAUAAACUCUACUCUCGAUCCCGGAGCGCCAACGCGUUGUAUCUUGAUGCUUCUGCCGCUGCUCUUGCAGCAGGAAAAUGCAGAAGUCAACAAGCCGGCACACCGUGUGAUCGCAUUUGUCUGCAAGACAUUGGUGGAUUUUUUCAACAACCAAGAACAACCCGCAGAAAUAACAGCCGGGCCGGGAUCCUCGUCCUCUGGAUCAUCCGGAACACCAUUCGAAAAACCACCAACAACGUUGCUGGACAAGAAUUUCUACUUGCUCCUGCCGCAGCAGAAAAUUUUCCUGACCUGCUUGUUCGAGUUGCUCGGGAAGACACUGCAGGUUUUGACCACGACGCCCCACGGGAAGCUGACCUACACGGUCGAAGAGCUACAGCAGCAUUUGCGCCUCCUGCGGAAGGAAGAUCUUCUUCUGUCCACGCUCGGGCCGCAACUCUGGGCCGUUUUCUACCGCUGGUACUCCGAGCGCAAAACGCCGGACACCGCCUGGCGGGCGAUCCAGCGGAUGUUCUAUCAAAUGCAAAAAUGUCUGGGUCUGGAUGGUGGCAAGGGCAACUUGUCAUGGUAAAUCUGAAUCAUGUAAAAAUCUGUGUUACGUGAAGAUUACCAAAAGCUGUCCACUUUUGAGCAAGUUAGAAUGGAGUUUCUCAUGCAGGAUAGGUAUGGCAUUGUUUGGCAGAGACCUCGCAGAGUCUGUCAUGCUAAGUCCCGCAUUCCAGACCUCAUAGGCGAUCGAAAAUCUGCAUGACAAGUUUACAUCACUUUUCCAGACCCAGACAUUUUUGCACUUGAUAUGUUCGGGGAGUUUGCGAAAGUGGCGGACUGGCAGAGCCUGAUUGCCGUUUUUCCGCCGAUUGAGGCACAACUCCUGGAAUUCGUGAUGCAGGAGUUUCUCAACGAGGAAAAUCUAAAGCAGUUUGACCUCGCAGUGUGCAAAUCGCUGAUGAAGCGGGUCAACGCCAUCGACCGCAAGCAGAGUCUGGCGGAGCACCGGGCAGAAGGACAGGUCGUGGCUGAUUUCUCCAAAAUCCUGUACGACUUUGGACAGUUUUUGAACCACUUUAUCCUCCGGAAGGAGGCUGCUGGUGCUGCUAGUAGAGAGACGCAUGACGGCGAAAUGAAGUCCGAAGUAGACCUAGUCCUCGGAAGAAACCUGGCGUUGUUCGCGGUACAGCGGUUUGCGGAGCAGCACCUCGCAUACCGUCUGGACGAGGACGCUGGAGUUGCCCUCGCGUACCCGCGAGCGAGCAGUGAGGGAGCGGAAGGAGGUGACAAGAUCAGCAAAAGUGAAACAACUUCUCCGGCAGCGAGCUCUUUCGUCCGACCAGAAGUGCUAGCAAAUUUCCAGAACGUUUUGGGACUGAAGUUGGUGAAGAAGGGGUUGGAACGGCUGGAGUUUCUGGAAAAGCCGGGGAUCGCCCGCAGGGGGAAGUGCGAAAAGGUGAACGAAGAAAAGUACUGUGAACGAACGGGGACUAUCAAGCCGCCUUACCACCCAAAAGACGUGGGGUUUGUCAUGAAAUACGUACGGCAGUCGUCAAACAUUUGGUGUCGUUGCAGUAUCCGGACAAGCACGGUAACAACUACCCAAUCGAAAAAUCUGCAGACCACAUCAAACUCUGGCAGCACGCAAACUGAACAAGAAACUAAUCACCCGACGAUCACAUCAUCUACUUCUGCAACCGACGCAGCUACGACCGCAGAUGCCGUCAAUACCACAAGUACUACUGCCCGAGAAGCUGCCGGACCUGCGACUUCUACUUCCGCCAGUGAUACUGAUGCUGGAUCCACCUCCACGGCCACCGCCCGGCAUGAACGAGCCAUGAACACUUUGUAA